UCGCGUGGUCCACCAAGAACUCUGGCCGAAGCGAGGAGCGGGCAAACAGCGACAGUCGGAGCAGCACCCACGAGCCGGCUCGACGUUCCAAACCCAGGCAUGAGAUGACACCUCCACGGCUGUCCAUCCUCCCGUCCGUGGCACUCACGCUCGCUGCAGUCGUGUGCUCGUCGCGUGCUCAGGUCUCCGGCAGAGCCGACAGAAUCCGCAUGGACAGUCUUCGCCAACUGUCUCCAAGGACUCCUCACUUUCUCGUGCUGGCGCCAGACGAUAACAGCCUUCCCUACGCCCUGAAAAAGGUGCUUCCAGCCGUCCUGGUGGCCGUUUCCAAGACAAAGCUCAACGUGAUCGUACACCACUACGACACCAAGUGUUCGUCCACAAACGGACCACUUUCCGUGUUCGAUUACUACAUCUCGGGCCAGGUAGACGUCUUCUUUGGUCCAUCCUGCCCCUACGUACUGGCGCCGGUCAUCCGGUACGCAUCGGAAUGGGGGCUUCCUUUGCUCACAGCUGCUGGCCAGAACGACCACUUUGACAGCAAGUCCGUCUAUUACCGACUGCUGACGAGGAUGAAUGGCUCCUUUUCCAGUCUAGGUCAGGUGUUUGUCGAGGUGAUGCGGCAAUUUGACUGGACUGUGGUGGCCUUCCUGUUUCACCAGUUCAAGGACAACUCCAAGGGUCACACGGAGUGCUACUUUUCGCUCUCGUCCGUCUUCACUGCUCUGGGAAAGAACGCGUCGCACCACUCUUUCGACGAGGAUGACCACGACGUGGAAUUUCAUCAGCUGCUGGGAAAGAUCUCCCAGAAGGCACGAAACUCGGUGGCGCCAGAGAUGUUGCUGGUGUCUCGCGGCGGAGUCCCGAGAUCGGUGCUCUUGUCGUUCCCGCCUUAA